AUGGGAAGAAAGCUGCGGCACGUGCUGAUCUUCCUUCUCAUCAUCCUGAAGGAGCCCAACAUGCCAGAAGCUGAUUGCGACUGUAGAUCAUCAUCACACUGCGGAAAGGGCCUCACCAGCAUCCCUCAGGACCUCCCAACAUCCAUCUCUAAGUUAAAUCUACUUAGUAACCGUCGUAACCUCAUAACCAACAUCCAUCCUGGUACAUUUGCAAAUCUGCCCAAGCUACAAGAGUUGUACCUGUCCUACAACCAGAUAACUACCAUCCCUGCUGGUACAUUUGGAAAUCUGCCCCAGCUACAACAGUUGUGGCUGGACAACAACAAGAUAACUACCAUCCAUUCUGGUAUAUUUGCAAAUCUGCCCCAGCUACAACGCUUGCACCUGUACUGCAACAAGAUAACAACGAUUGAAGCAGGCACAUUUGGAAAUCUGCCCCAGAUAGAAUGGUUGUACCUGAACGACAACCAGAUAACUACCAUCCAUUCUGGCACAUUUGCAAAUCUGCCAAAGCUACAAGAGUUGUGGCUGAACAGCAACCAGAUAACUACCAUCCAUUCUGGUGCAUUUGCUAAUCUACCCCGGCUAAAACAGUUGUACCUGAGCAUCAACCAGAUAACUACCAUCCCUUCUGAUACAUUUGCAAAUCUGCCCCAGAUAGAAUGGUUGUACCUGAACAGCAACCAAAUAACUACAAUCCAUUCUGGUGCACUUGCAAAUCUUCCCCAGCUACAAGGGUUGUGGCUUUCGAACAACAAAAUGACGGCCAUUCCCCCUUCAGUCUUCUGCUUGUUCCCAUUUAAUGACAUAAUAGAACUUGACGACAACCCCUGGCACUGUGACUGUAGGAUGGCUCCCGUCAGGCUAAUCUAUGCACUUAAGAACAGGAUCAUUUGUGCCCAACCCGCCAAACUUCAGGGACAGAAGCUUGUAGAUGUCGAUCCUAAAGAAUUGACAUUUUCCCCCUACCUGUUCUCAUAG